AUGUCACCUGUGUGCCUUUCCCCCAUUGAAAUAAAAGAUUUACUCAAGGUUUUAAAUGAAUAUGGAGCCAAAGCUUUGCUGGUGAAGAACACAAUUCAGAUGACAACAACUGACUACAAUUUUGGAAAAUUUGAAGUUUGGGUUGAUAACUGGCCCAAUUUCAAUGCUUUCGUAAUCAAGUGGGACUGGACAAAUACACCGGUACCACGUAUUAAGAACUAUUACUAUGAAUUUUCUUUGAGUAAUGAGAGUCUGAUGCAACUUUUGGAGACUCCAAGCCUUAUUCAGUUAGACCAGGGAGAAUUUGUUGGUAUAACUGAAGAAAGGCGAAGUGUUUUUGAAGUAUUUGCAGAAAAACAUGGUUAUCAUCUCCUCUGUAAUAACAAGUAUUAUGACAUAUAUUCUGUCACACAAGAAACCCUGGUAAACAUGCCUACCCCAGCUGAUCUUACUGUUGGGAGUCUCACUCCAGAAUAUGCCGAACUGGUUGCUCAGAAUUGGGAAUAUACAGAAGAAGACAAAUUUGACAACUACAAAGAAUUUAUUAAGUUACUCAUAGAUACUUACCCAACUGCCUGCCUCUUCCUGACUGAACAGAGCAAAUGCACACCUUCCCUGGGUACAGUCCUUUUUUUAAAUGACCAGACUGUCCACACUCCCCACGAACCAUUCACCUGGUACCUAGGUAAGGUUUCUCUUUAUUCCUCUCAGACCUGGUUUCUCUCUUUCCCUAACAAGCUAUCCCACCCCAUGUGCGUGCCUUUAGGGGGGCUCAAACAGUUUGUAGCUCCUUUGUGCCACUGUAAAUGCUUCUGCAAGUGUAUUGGAGGCUGUCCUGGCUGUAUCUUUCCUUUCAAAUGUGCUUCUUAUGGAAUCUGUAUAAUAUUCUGGCAGUUGCUUUUUGAAUGGCUUCCUCUUCUCUCUGUACAGCAUCCUAUUUUUGGUCAAGUUUAG